AUGUGUCCUGAGAAGGACAGAGGGCCUUUGAUUGGUUCCAUGAACUACGAGCAGCUGCUGUCUGAAGGAGAUCCGAUGGCAGCUUGGGAAGCACCCCCGGACGAGUGGGACACGCUCUCCCUGUGCUACACAAGCGGCACCACCGCAGAUCCAAAAGGCGUCUUGCUGCACCACCGGGGUGCUUAUCUCAAAAGCGUACAUCUGAUCGUCAAGUGGCCUCUUCACCGACACUGCGUCUACCUCUGGACUCUUCAUGGGGUGAGAGCGGGACUGAUUGCUUUAUAG